CAGCGAGCCAACGGCGGCGAGACUACUCGUCGGUUGCCGUUGACGCUGGCGACACUUGCCGUGAGCUGAGCCGGGCAGCGGGGCACUCGCAGCCUGCACUACUGCCUGCCCUCUCGGGAAGGGGAUCGACCGCCCGCUGCGACUGCGAUUCCCACCUCGCUCCCAGUCCCACCGCAAGUCACCACCACCUUUCCGGCGAAGCGGGGCAGGAGGCAAGAAUCCCGUGCUCCGAGCCUCCGGGGAUCAUGGCCGCCGGUUGGACUUUGUCCAUGGCGAGGCGGGCCGCGUCCUUGCCCGGGCUCCUCCUCUCCCGCGCCUUCGGCGCCGCCGCCGCGACGGCGCCGAAGCGGGUGCUCGUGCCGGUCGCCGCCGGCACGGAGCCGGUGGAGGCGGCAGCCACCGCCGACGUCCUCAACCGCGCCGGCGCGCGGGUCACCGUCGCCACGGUUGACCCCGCGGGGGACCACGGCCUCCUGGUCGAGGCCGCCUUCGGGGUCAAGCUCGUCGCCGACGCCCGCGUCGCCGACCUGGAAGGCGAGGCCUUUGACCUCAUCGCCCUACCGGGAGGAAUGCCGGGAUCAGCUAAUCUUAGGGAUUGCAAUGUGCUGGAGAAGAUGGUCAAGAAACAGGCGGACCAGGGGGGCCUCUACGCCGCCAUCUGCGCGGCGCCGGCGGUGACGCUGGCUCACUGGGGCUUGCUCAAAGGCCUAAAGGCAACUUGCUACCCAUCACUCAUGGAUAAGUUCAAUGCUGAAAUUAUCCCUGUGGACUCGAGGGUGGUGGUAGAUAGAAAUGCAGUAACCAGCCAGGGGCCAGCUACGGCAAUUGAAUAUGCUCUCGCUUUGGUGGAGCAACUAUAUGGCAAAGAGAAGUCGGAGGAGGUUGCAGGACCCUUGUAUGUCCGUCCUCAACCUGGAGCUGACUAUGUCAUAGAUGAGUACAAUUCAGUUGAGUGGAAAUGCAGUGGUACACCUCAGGUUCUUGUGCCGGUUGCUAAUGGUUCGGAGGAAAUGGAAGCUCUUAACUUAAUAGAUAUCUUGCGUAGAGCAGGAGCAAAUGUUACUGUUGCAUCAGUUGAGGAUAAGUUGCAAAUCGUGACCCGCCGCCACAAAUUUAACCUUAUAGCUGAUAUUAUGGUGGAAGAGGCUGCCACAAGGGAAUUUGACCUGAUUGUCAUGCCGGGUGGCCUGCCAGGUGCUCAAAAGCUCUCUAGUACAAAGGUACUUAUAGAUUUACUCAAGAAACAGGCAGAUUCUAAUAAACCAUAUGGUGCAAUAUGUGCUUCCCCAGCUUAUGUCCUCGAGCCCCAUGGUUUAUUGAAGGGGAAAAAGGCAACAUCGUUUCCACCGAUGGCAUAUCUGCUUACUGAUCAGAGUGCAUGUGACAGCAGGGUGGUUGUUGAUGGUAACCUCAUCACUAGCAAAGCUCCAGGGUCUGCGACAGAGUUUGCCCUUGCCAUUGUUCAUAAGCUGUUUGGUCGAGAGAAAGCAGUCAGUAUAGCGAAAGAAUUGAUCUUUAUGUGAUUAUGCACUUGGGCACUUGGCUGGUGCAAAAUGCAGUACUGUGGAUAGAUGAUACAUCAUACAUGCAUCAGGCACCUGUCCCCUGUAACCCUGUUAGUAAUAACUCUGUGAAUAACUGUAUAUGCUGCUUUCCUAGGAUUGUACCAUAAGCCUAUAGCAGCAUAUGAUCCAUGUGAAUGAGGAGGAAUAAUUGUACAA